AUGGAACAUAUCAAGCAGACAUUCGCCAGGGCCAAGCAGGAGAAGCGUGCUGCCCUCGUGGCCUACACUACGGCAGGAUACCCCACCGUUGAGGAGACAGUGGAUAUCCUUCUGGCCUUAGAAAAUGGAGGUGCCGACAUUAUCGAAUUGGGAAUUCCUUUCACCGACCCAAUUGCGGAUGGCCCGACCAUCCAAACUGCCAAUACUAAGGCUUUGGCCAACGGUGUUACCGUCACCUCAGUCUUUGAGAUGGUCCGUACCAGCCGGCAGCGAGGCCUUAAAGCUCCGAUUCUCUUAAUGGGAUACUAUAACCCUUUGAUGAAAUAUGGGGAAGAGCGUAUGCUCAAGGAUUGCAAGGAAGCGGGUGUCAAUGGCUUUAUCAUGGUGGAUCUUCCUCCCGAGGAGGCCGUUCGCUUCAGAGACCUGUGCUCCAGUAACGGCCUAUCGUACGUUCCACUUAUCGCCCCCGCGACCUCGGAAGCGCGCAUGAAGCUCCUGUGCAAGAUCGCCGAUUCAUUCAUCUAUGUAGUCUCAAGAAUGGGCGUCACUGGUGCCACCGGGAAGCUCAGUGCCAACCUUCCCGAACUUCUAUCUCGGGUUCACAACUGGUCUGGCAACGUGCCUGCCGCAUUGGGAUUCGGAGUCAGCACUCGGGAACAUUUCUUGUCCGUGCAGGACCUUGCGGAGGGUGUCGUGAUUGGUAGUCAGAUCAUCACGACUUUGGGCGAGGCCCCUGCUGGUCAGGCGGCUAAGCAUGCGGAAGCGUAUCUGUCUGGCGUGACGGGUCGUAAGCUUGAGAGGGAUGCUCAAGGCACAUUGGUCCGUGAGAUCAAGGUGCUGGACCCUGUGGAGAAGAAAACAGAGCUGGCCGUCUCGCAGCCCACAGCAGUCGUUACGGAUGCCGAGACCCCUUCAGGCCCGGGCUUGGCCGAUCAGAUCGAUGCGCUUAAUGGUACAGGAGAUCCUGCCGCCCAGCCGUCCCGGUUCGGCGAAUUCGGCGGACAGUACGUCCCGGAGUCCCUUAUGGACUGCCUAGCAGAGCUGGAGCAAGGGUUUCAACAGGCUCUAAAUGACCCCAAGUUCUGGGAGGAGUUCCGUUCAUACUACCCGUACAUGGGCAGACCCAGCAGCCUCCACCUCGCCAACCGUCUGACAGACUAUGUCGGUGGGGCAAAUAUCUGGCUCAAGCGUGAGGAUCUUAACCACACGGGAAGUCACAAAAUCAACAAUGCAUUGGGCCAGAUCCUUAUUGCCCGCAGGCUGGGUAAGACGCGGAUUAUCGCUGAAACGGGAGCUGGCCAGCACGGGGUUGCUACCGCAACUGUCUGUGCCAAGUUCGGCAUGGCGUGCACCGUCUAUAUGGGCGCCGAGGAUGUCCGCCGCCAAGCUCUGAAUGUGUUCCGGAUGAAGCUCCUGGGUGCUUCCGUGGUGGCUGUAGAUGCAGGGAGUCGCACUCUACGAGAUGCGGUGAACGAGGCCCUUCGUGCCUGGGUUGUCGACCUUGACACCACGCACUACAUCAUUGGCUCUGCCAUCGGCCCUCAUCCCUUCCCCACCAUCGUGCGUACCUUCCAGUCCGUCAUCGGCGACGAAACCAAGCAACAAAUGAUGGAGCAAAUCGGAAAGCUGCCGGACGCCGUUGUUGCAUGUGUCGGUGGUGGCAGCAACGCUGUCGGCAUGUUCUACCCCUUCUCCAAGGACACGAGCGUCAAGCUUCUGGGUGUUGAAGCCGGAGGCGACGGCAUCGAUACCGACAGACAUUCCGCUACCCUCUCUGGAGGUAGCAAGGGUGUCCUACACGGUGUCCGCACCUACGUGCUGCAGAACGAGCACGGCCAAAUCUCCGAUACCCACUCCAUCUCCGCGGGUCUCGACUAUCCCGGUGUUGGACCCGAACUCAGUUCCUGGAAGGACAGCCAACGUGCUCACUUCAUCGCCGCCACCGACGCCCAAGCCCUGGUUGGGUUCCGCACCCUGGCCCAGCAAGAGGGUAUCAUCCCCGCUCUGGAGUCCUCGCACGCCAUCUACGGUGCCAUGGAACUGGCCAAGACCAUGAAGAAGGGUGAGAACAUCGUCCUCAACCUGAGUGGAAGAGGCGAUAAAGAUGUCCAGAGCGUUGCGGACGAACUUCCCCAUUUGGGACCCAAGAUCGGGUGGGAUUUGAGAUUCUAA